GCACGAGUUUGACACCCCUGGUAUAGAGCGUAAGAUGUAUAAGUGGGUUUUGAGUCUGGAUUUGAAAAGUGGAAGAGAGUCUAUGAUACGGAUAUCAGAUGGGAAUGAGUUCCAAAGUUUGGGAGCAGAGCGGCUGAAAGCUCUGCAACCCAUGGUGCUGAGGUGGCACGGUGAGGUGAAUCGAGGAGGAGGCUCUAAGGCAGCGGGAGGAGGUAGCAAUGUUGAGGAGUUCAGCAUAGUGUAUAAAUAUAGUCCUCCCUAAGAAUUUUUCCUUGAUAAUGUUUCACAUGUUUUAAAUGUGCUUUGAGAGGAUAGUGUUGCAUAUGAAAACAGGAGCAGUGCCAAAGCAGGAUCCAAUAGGAUGCUGUUGAAAUCAACUAUCCUAUUACAAGGGGAUACUACUCGUGUCAACCCCGACUUAAGACUUAAGAGAUGUAAAUUGCGCUGCAGACUCCCAAGGUCAUAUUGAUAUCUGCAUGCAUGGCGCAUCUCAUCGGAGAUUCCAGUCCAAUUAUGUGACAGAUCACACAAAUAUGAGAGAAAGACCGAAUGCCAUUUAAAAUCCCUCACUGAGGCAGCAGUGUCUCAUGUGAAUGAAGUUCAGUGUAAAAAGAGAAGAGCUGCACAAUGGUGGGGCCGGUUUUAUGGCACUGUUGAGCAACCUCACUGAAAAAGGGUUUGCUGAAGGACAGGGAAAGGCUGAUGAAAGGCAGAUGUGGGGAAUAAGCAGGCAGGGCUAAGGGCAAUGGGUGGGACCCAAAGCUGCAAAACAACCCCAAAUGCGCUAAGACAGGCGCUAAUAGUCCACGUGGGAUUGUAACACUUUUAUGGGGACGGAGAUGCGGCGACGCCAGAUAGUCUGUAGGACGGGCCUAGUGUUCAUUUUUUGUGAUUUAGCUCUGGUUUUCUGCUUUGUCCCACUUUACACGGCUGCCUGUGCACUGUCAGCCAUAAUGCAUGACGACGCUCUGCAAACACUUGACUUGAAAUCCACAGAUACAUGAAGGCUUAGCUUACAGCUUUUGACUUCUUAACUGGGGCGGGGGCAGUUCGUUAGAAUCAUCUUCCUCUGCUGCUGUUGUUUGUCCCUCGAUUCUGUCUGUGACCGCGCUGCAGACUUCCUCCAGCUGUGGACGAUUCAUCACUUGCACAAGAGGUCCGAAGGGUCUGUUCCAUGUGGCAGUGAACACAAGGCAGCCAUGAAGCUAUUCGGGAAGGACGAUAUCGCUACUAAAAAGGACAAGGAGAGAGCGAUCCAGUACGAGGACCCACCAGAUGGCGGCUGGGGCUGGCUGGUGGUGUUGCAUUGUUUCCUGGUCAAUGUUCUGGUGAUGGGAACACUCAAGAGCUUUGGGAUCUUCUUUGUGGCAUUCCAAGAUGAGUUUGGAGCUUCAGCAGAAAGCAUCAGCUGGAUCGGUUCCAUCAUGUCAAGUCUGCGUCUAUCUGGAGCACCCAUUGCCUCUGUGGCUUGUGCCAAGGUAGGAACCAGGGUGACCUCCAUUACUGGGGCAGUGCUGGUUAGUGGAGGCUUUCUCACAAGUAUUUUCGCCAACAGCGUGGUUUUUCUCUACGUCAGCAUGGGAGUGAUAGUAGGAAUGGGUUUUGCACUACUAUACCAAUCCUUCUCAGUGGUUACGGCGCUGUACUUCCGAAAGAAGUUAGCAACAGCGUACGCAAUUGGGCGUUCUGGGAUGGGAUUGACCUUUGCCCUUGCGCCAUUCACUCAGCUUCUUUUGGACCAAUAUGCUUGGCAAGGGGCUAUGCUGAUUCUUGGCGGCCUCAUGCUCAACCUGGUGGCCACUGGUUUGCUUCUGCGGCCCAUAAAUGUGAAACCUCCCACUGUGUCAAACUGUACUUCCCACAGCCAAAAGAGCCCAGUUCUCUCCCUCAAGAGCUCAUCAGAAAAGGACUAUGCCAAGAGCUGCCUGAAUGGCUCCUCACAUUUAUCAAAUGGUGUCUCCCAAUCAGAUUCCCUUCCAUCCCCACCUUCUCCUACUCACAAGGAUGCCGAGGACCUGGAGGGGCAGUGCACUCAUACAACAAACGACCAGGUAGAGAACCCAGAACUGAACAGACUGGUCCUCAAUGGCCAUGAGACCCAUCAAGACUUGGGUUUAUGUAAACCCACAGAUGGCUCCACAGAGCUCAAUGGCACCAUGAACGGGUCCACAGCAGCUGGACUUGUCUCCAUGCCCGCCAGCAGUCCGACUGAAGAAACCAUCCCGAAAGCCAAAGUACUCGAUUUUUCCUUGCUAAAAGACCCGUUCUUUUGCAUCUAUACAUGGUCUUUGGUCUUCAGCCAGCUGGCCUACUUCAUCCCCUAUUUCCACCUGUCUGCCCGAGCCAGAACCCUGGGCAUCGACCCCAUGGAUGCUUCUUUUAUCAUCUCUGUGGCAGGCAUCACAGAGACAAUCGCCCAGCUGGCCUCAGGCUGGGUUACGGACAAGAACCUUUUCCACAAGUGUCACUACCACAAGGCCUACUUGAUCCUCUGCGGCCUGAUCAACCUACUGUCCCCACUGGCGACCUCCUACAUACUGCUCAUGGUUUACGCUGUCUUCUUUGCCAUCUUUUGUGGGGGAUACAUGGCUCUGCUGCUGCCUGUUCUGGUGGAUCUCGUUGGGGAAGAGAAACUCAACAACUCCAUGGGCUUUUCCAUGUUCUUUGUCGGUGUGGGUUGCCUCACUGGCCCUCCUUUGGCAGGCUUCUUGUACGACUACACGCAGACUUACGAUUGUUCCUUCUACCUGGCGGGGCUCUGCUACCUACUCUCCUCCGUCUCCCUCUUCAUGGAGCCGCUGGCCCAGCGCUGGAGGGCAAGGAAGCGCCUGACCAGGGCCAAGAGAGCACAAAACAGCUGUAAGACCAACGGCUGCUUCACCCCUGACCGGCUGCAGAACGGCGUCGUGUAAAGGGGCGCCACAUCCCGUCUUAGGCCUCCAAUCUUAAACCAGCAUGCUCACGACUCACCACGGACUCCAUGUGACUUGUAAGUCAGGGACCUAAGUGACCCUCAAUUCCUGCAAGCAAGCUCAAGUGGAGGAAAAAGAUCAUUGUGACCACAGGAAGCUAAUGGGACACUGGUGAAAUGAAAUAAGCCAAACUCGUAGUUGUUAGAAAUAUAUAUAUAUCACUAUAAUGUUCUUAUCAGAGGCAUGAAAAUGCAUCCAGCACAUUUUGAAUAGUAGCAAACUAUAGCCAACUCUUUGCCUAAACACUACUACUCUUGCCUUCCACUUAUUCUUCAAUUCAGCUCUUCUUGAUAUAAGCUAUGCAAACGAGCUUCAUACCUACUUUUCAGCUACCUGCAAGGUUGCAGAAAAAGAACACAACCACAUAUCCUUACAAAAAGCACUUGAGUUUUUAAAAGCCUUUAACUGUUACAGUAAACCUGUACUGGCAAUGAAGCACUUUGGGCCAAGUUGUAACUGUAUGCUGCAUGACACCAUCAGCAACCGCUAUCAGUGACGCACCAUGUAUGGUAUAGUAAGCUACAAACAGCACACAAAGCUACAAAAAGUGAAAGAACAUAAGCAGAGGCAAUAAUGCAUACAUGUUUUAUAUAUCCUUCCACAUUAUUACAUUCAAACUUGCCUCUUUACACAAAGUUUAAACUCCCCUUGCACUGAAUCUUAGUUUUUGUAACCAUUCUCACCACCACAUCAUCAUAACUCUCCCAUCCUACCCCAAAGUAUUUCAUACGUCACACACAGGUCAUGCUUUGUGCUGGAUAUGCCUCCGGUUAGAAAUCUAAAGCCCAAGUUGAGACUCGCUGUUAUAUCUCCAACUGUCUGCCUAACACUUAAGAUGAAAUUUCAACUUGGACAACCUCUCAAUCGUCAACACAAAUACUGACAUUCCAAAGUGACAACCAGCACUAUUUCAGUCGCUCCUUUUCCCCCUGACGCCUGACCUCCUUCUGGACUUAGACUGACCAUGCGAUAUUGUCUGAAGCUUAACUGGCAGUAUCCUAAUGCGGCUCUGUAAUGAGUCUGGUGGAUGCCCAUCAUCAUUUUGCUGUUGGAUAAAGAUUUGGGACACACCAUUCUUCUUUACAAAUGGUAUUUUGUAGCAUCACAUAAGAAAGCUGCAGUUUAUGGGGACUGUUUUGAGGGCACGCGCCCCCACUCCAAUUUGCGCACAUUGCAAAUAUAGCACAGACAUAAAACUACAAGCACACAUGCGCUGAAGUAUGCUUGCUUAAAUAUGUGAAGAUAAGCCUGAGGGGCUAGGCAUUUCUGUAGAUGUGAUCACAACUUUAUUUCUGGCCAACUGUCAUACAAAGAUGCAUUGCCCAUUUAAAUCACAGUCUCAAUAUACAGCGCUGCAAAUAGACUGAAGUGGAUGUGCACCUGCAGGCCACUAAUGUUUGCUGGUGCUCCUGAUUAUUAUGCAAGUCUUACUGACUCUGGACUGGGUUAUUUUUUUUAUGCCUUCAGGUUAUUUUUCUUUAUUUCUUAUUUGUUCACCAGUUUGCCUUAGCGGGUCCAGAGCAGUACCUCUAACUUCCUGUGAUGUCAGCCAAAGACAUGGUAGAAACCUGCCUGCAGGCUUACUGAAGCUUAUUACACAUGUACAGUAUAUAUCAGGUGAGACAGACUUCAUUAUGUAUGGCAUGGACAUGUUUUGUUACACUGCCCUCUAGCGGCAGAUGAGGGCUUCUACUCAAAGAAUGCCAGCUCAAUUAGUGCAACAUUAUUCCCCCUCAACUCACUUCCACAAUAGUGAGCUUGGCUCUUUGUAUUGUUUCAAUCACCACAGUCAUGCACAAAAGCUCUUUUGGCUCACGUGUUGCAUUCACUACCACUUUUGCCUCCUCUGUGGUUGAGGGCCAAUCCUGAUUUUGUACUAUGGAAGUUUGCUGAUGCUUUAAAGGUGUAUCUUGCUUGCUUGAAUAUUUUGAGGAACUGUAACUUUAUGCAUUUUUGGAACACCUCUGAUAAGAAGUUGCAGUUCAGUCAAACUGUGUUUUUUUUGUUUUCUGGCAAAGGGGUGACAUGCUCUUGAAUUCUGGCUCAUUGAUUUGUUAACUAUGUUCGAGUGUAGCCAACUAUGCCUAACCAAUCGUAGAGAUUUUGUUCCAAGCCCUUCAAAAGUUCAUUUUAAGCCUUGUAACAGUGCACAAGUCACCUGAAAUAAAUUGACAUGUGACUCAAGUUUGCUC